GAAUGACACCACGACUGCAGCUCUUCUUCACUUUACUGCUUCACUUUGAAGCAGGAAUCAGUGAUGGAAUCAUUCUCCAUCACAGAGCUGGAGAUGACGUCGUUUUACCGUCUGACGUUGAUUCUUCAUCCAACCAAUGUUCUAAUGUUGACUGGAUUUAUUACAAGAUUCAAAAUGCAGAGGAAGACAUCAUGGUUCAAAAUGGAAAUAUUGAGAAGACACCUGGAGCUGACAGGAUGAGUUUGAGCAGUACCUGCUCUCUGAUCAUCAACAACAUCACUGCUGAAGAUGCUGGUAUUUACACCUCUGGGAUUAGAAAUGAUUUUGAUUAUUCCUACACAUCUGUGUAUCUGAAUGUUUUAACAGUCUCUCCAUCUCCACCAGAUGUGGAUCCAAGAAGGGAUGGAGAUGUGACAUUACACUGUUCUCUGGUGAGAGACCGUUAUUUCGGUCCCUGUGAGCAGAACAGCAUCAUCUGGGUGGAUGAGACAGGAAGUGUGCUGCUUGGUGAAGGUGAUGGGUUUGUGUCUGGAGGACAGAACAACUGUGUUUCUGAUCUGAUGGUGAAACAUCAGAGAGGCUCCAAGAGAAGAUUCACCUGCCAGGUUGUUGAAGGAGACAGAGUGAAGAUAGAUGCUGAAUACACGCUGGACUUUACAGAUUCCAGUCUGAUCAAUACCAGAUUGAUUAUUGGAUGGGAGGUCAGGGGGCUGAUGGUGGUUCUGGUCAGCAUCACUAUGUUUCUCAUCAUUUACAUGAUGAAAGUUAAAAGGAACAAUCCCAAAAAUCAAACAGGCUACUGA